CUCUCGUCGCCUUCUAAUCUAACCGAUCUGCCUGGGGUUUGGAUCGGCAUCGAUGGGCGUCGAUCUCAUGGGGUACCGCAAGAUGGACGAUCAGAUCGCCAUCCAGGAGCAGCAGCAGCAGCAGCAAGACUGCCGCGAGAUCGCCGACCUCGCCGUGUCUAAGUUCAAAAAGGUGAUCUCCAUCCUCAACCGCACCGGCCACGCCCGCUUCCGCCGCGGCCCGACCGGCCCGCCCCCGCCGGGUCGGCCGUCGCUUCCCGCAGCGUCGAAGACACUAACCCUCGCCCCGGUUCCGCUGCGGGUCAAGCCCCCUGACCACCCCCUCCCGUUGCCGACUCCCCAGGCCCUAACCCUGGACUUCACCAAACCGAUCUUCGCCACCGCCGCAAGCGAGGUGUCACCCCCGAGCCGGUACAACAAGGGGUGCUUCAGUAUCUCGAAGUCGUUGUCGUCGGCGACGUCUUCGUUCGUGUCAUCCGUGACUGGCGACGGCAGCGUGUCGAACGGCAGGCUCGGGACCUCCUCUCUACUCCUCCCCCCCCAGCCCAUCGUUGUCGGAAAGUCGCCUCUCUCGUCCGCCCUCCACCAGCGGGGCCACGAGCACACCCACGCCCACUCCGAUCACGUCGCCGGCAAGUACGCCGUCCCCGGCUCCCGCUGCCACUGCUCCAAGAAAAGGAAAUCUCGGGUUAAGCGGACGAUACGCGUGCCGGCGAUCAGCUCCAAGGUGGCCGAUAUCCCCGGCGACGAGUACUCGUGGCGCAAGUACGGGCAGAAGCCCAUCAAGGGUUCCCCUUACCCUAGGGGCUACUAUAAAUGCAGUACCGUCCGAGGCUGCCCCGCGAGGAAGCACGUGGAGCGGGCGCCGGAUGACCCCUCGAUGCUGAUCGUGACCUACGAGGCGGAGCACCGCCACAACCCCACCGUCGCCGGCGCUUCGCCAAAACCCGCCGCCGCCGCCGCCGCAAUCUGAGGUCGGCCUCCUCCUUCCUAGGUCUAAUCCCGGCCGUUCACUGUUCCCUUUGAUGAUGUAAAAUAUGUUUUUAUAUUAACUAAGAAAUUAUAAAUAUAAAAAGAUUUUGACUC